AUGCCUAGCUCACUUUAUCAAGGAAGCGGCAUCGGACGAGCGUGCAGCAUUGGACUUGCAAAGGACGGUGCAGCCGGUAUUCUCGUCGCCGACCUGAGUCUCUCUGCAGCAACCCAGGUUGCAGUCGAAUGUAAAGCAGCGGCCACUGCAGCGGACUUCAAAGUCGAAGCACUGCAGAUUGACGUGACCAGCGAGAGUUCCGUACAGGAUGCGACGGAGCACAUGCUGGCCGCCUUUGGGGGGAUUGAUUACUGCGUUAAUUGUGCAGGGAUCGGCGUUGAAACCCCCGGCGCCAUCGCCGAGGCCGAUAUUGCGGAAUUCCGGCGCUUCCUGAAGGUCCACGUCGAUGGGACGUUUCUGGUAACCCGCGCCGUUUCAGCGGUGAUGAAACACCAGGAGCCUAAGCAGAAUGGCAGCGCGGGGUCCGGACGAGGCUCAUCGCGCGGGUCAAUUGUCAUCUUGGGCUCUGGUGCUUCGCUCGUGGCGACGCCCGGCGUGGUCCAGUAUACAACGGCCAAGCAUGCCGUGCUAGGGUUGGCGAAGAAUGCGGCUCUGGAUAAUGCACCGCAUGGGAUCAGAGUAAACUGCGUCUGUCCGGCGUGGACGGAUACUCCGAUGGUCGACAGGGCCAAGGAGGGUGGUGUUCCUGUAGAUGCGCACGUCCAGAAAUUGGUCCCGCUGAGUCGAAUGGCUACAGCAGAGGAGGUUGCUGAUGCGGUUAUUUUCUUCUGCAGUCCGCGGUCCAGCUAUGUGACGGGCUGUGGGUUUGUUAUCGACGGGGGUGCGACUCUGAGUUGUGCUCGCUAG